GCAUAUCUCUUUACUCUCUCCAUGUGAUGCAUUAAACUCUCUCUCUCUCUCUCUCUCUUCUAUCCCAAAACCCUAAUCUCCAUGCCCUUCUGAUGAUUCAAGCUUAAUAUACUCAUCCUCUCGAUCGGCGGCCUCAAUUGGACGACUUCCAUCUAAGAAAUCUCCAAUUUGAAUACCCUUUUUUGGUGUAUCUGAACGUUAUAACAGAGAUGUACAAGAACCAGCUACAAGAGCUGGCACAAAGGAGCUGCUUUAAUCUUCCAUCCUAUACCUGCAUCAGAGAAGGACCUGACCACGCUCCUCGGUUCAAAACCAUUGUCAAUUUCAAUGGCGAAACUUUCGAAAGCCCUAAUUUUUGUUCAACACUCCGUCAAGCUGAGCACGCUGCUGCCGAAGUUGCUCUCAAUUCACUCUCAUCUCGCGGUCCAUCUCAUUCCCUCGCCGCAAGGAUCCUCGAUGAAACGGGUGUUUAUAAAAACCUGCUACAAGAGAUUGCACAAAGAGUUGGGUCUCCAUUACCUCAAUACAAAACUUUCAGAUAUGGUUUUGGACAUCUACCUCAAUUUAUUGGUGUUGUAGAACUAGCUGGAAUUGCAUUUACUGGAGAGAUGGCUAAGAACAAGAAACAAGCUGAGAAAAGUGCUGCCUUAUCUGCUUGGACUUCUCUUAAACAAUUGGAACAAGAAGAUACAAAUUCAUCAACUGAACCAGACAAUUCAACCGAUGAGCUUGAACAGGUCAAAAUAUCACGAGCCUUAGUGAGGUACCGUCUUAAAAACAAGAUAGGUUUGAGUAACUACCCAAACAAAAGCCCUAUUCCAUUUGAAAAGAUAUUUCAAAUCCAUAACCCACCAAGACCAUCAAGUCCAAUUUCAACCACAUCCAAAAUCCUCCCAUUAAUAUGUCAAAAGCCAGUUCCUCGUAAUAGACCAGUAUCAUCUCCCACACCAAAUGAAGUCCCCUUUUCGCAAAAGUUCCCAUCAGCAGUUCGUGCAGCUCCUUACGUUCCAUUACACCAUUUUAGGGCACCCAACGUUAGAAUCGCUCCUGCUGUCACAAUUAGAUCUGCAAUACCAGUUUAUUCUGCUCCUCCUGUGACAAUUAGAUCUGCAAUACCAGUUUAUUCUGCUCCUCCUGUAUCCUCUGUGAGGAUUGCACCACCCGUCUGUACAAGAACUAUUCCUGUUGGUGUUUCUCCUUUUCUGAACAAACCGGUGAGUUGGGAGGAAGAAGGAGAUGCUGAAAGCAAGACAAUAGAAUCUUUGAAACAGAUGAGACUCUGAACUAUAUGUUGUAGACAACUUUCAUCGGAUUUGAGUAUUGUAUUCUGUAUUGUUUAGCUGUUACUAUGCGUUUUCUCGCCAUUUAAUGGUGCGUUUCUUGUAUCCUAGUUCCUUGGAAGCCCCCAUAGCUGGGGUUGGAUUUAUUGAGAAAGGAUUAGUAGUAGUGUUAUGUUUCCAUAUUGACAUAUAAAUUUCAAUAAUUGCAUGCCCAUUAUUUUUAAUUUGUUA